GUAUAUUUCCUUAUAUUAUAUUUUUACACCAUCUAGUCAUUUAUCAAUUACAUUAUCUUUAUAUCUAAGAUUAUGAUUAAGAAUUAUAAUUUAUAAUUGAUUUAUAUUUACUAUUAAAUGUUUAGCUCAUUUAGUUCCUUUAAAUACACCGAUCCCUUUAAUAAUAUUUAUAGUUCUCAUUGAAACAAUCAGAACAAUUAUUCGACCUAUAACUUUAGCUAUUCGACUUUCAGCUAAUAUAAUUGCUGGACACUUAUUAUUAUGUUUACUUGGUUCAUGUGGAGCUUUAAUU